UGUUGUUGAAUUCAAGAUGGAAGAAAGCAUGAAAAAGGCUGCGGAGGUUUUGAACAAGCAUAGUCUUGGUGGAAGACCAUUGAAAGUGAAAGAAGACCCUGAUGGGGAGCACGCCAGGAGAGCGAUGCAGAAGGUCAUGGCAGCAGCCAGUGGAAUGGGGGUUGGUCCAGGCCCAGGUGGCCCCGGCAUGAUCAGUAUCCCUCCCAGUAUCCUCAACAACCCCAACAUACCCAAUGAGAUCAUCCAUGCUUUACAGGCAGGAAGACUUGGGAGCACUGUCUUCGUUGCAAAUUUGGAUUACAAGGUUGGUUGGAAGAAACUGAAGGAGGUGUUCAGCAUGGCUGGAGUUGUGGUUCGGGCAGACAUACUUGAAGAUAAAGAUGGCAAAAGUCGUGGCAUCGGCACUGUCACUUUCGAGCAAGCCAUAGAGGCUGUUCAAGCUAUAUCAAUGUUUAACGGGCAGCUGCUGUUUGACAGACCGAUGCACGUAAAAAUGGAUGAACGAGCCUUUCCCAAGGGAGACUUCUUCCCUCCAGAGCGACCCCAGCAACUCCCUCAUGGUCUUGGUGGUAUUGGCAUGGGAUUAGGACCUGGAGGUCAACCUAUUGAUGCAAAUCAUUUAAACAAAGGCAUGGGAAUGGGCAACAUGGGACCUGGAGGAAUGGGAAUGGAAGGCAUGGGCUUUGGAAUGAAUAAAAUGGGAGGAAUGGAGGGUCCCUUCGGCAUUGAGAACAUUGGCCGCUUCCCAGCUGGAAUGAACAUGGGCAGAAUGAGCGACAUGGAUCGUGCCAUGGGUGGAGGAUUCGAAAGAGAAUUUGGAAGAAAUGAAAUGGGAAUGUCUCGUAGUUUUGGAGAUACCUUGGAGAGAGGAAUAGUGUGCUGCACAGGACAGCUACCAGCUAAGAGUAUAUUUAAAACACAGCUUUUGCCACCUGAUCUUCUCCCAGGUGGUGGAAAUGCCAGCAUUCCUGGGAUUGAGAGGAUGGCACCUGGCAUUGAUCGUAUGGGCGCAGGAAUAGAAAGAAUCCCUUCCGGGAUGGGGCAUGGGAUGGAGAGAGUAGGCUCAGAAAUGGACAGGAUGGGGCUUGUUUUAGAUCGCAUGGGCUCCAACGUGGAGAGGAUGGGGUCAGGAAUUGACCGAAUGGCCCCUCUAGGCAUAGAUCACAUUGCUCCCAACAUCGAGAGGAUGGGCCCAGCUAUUGAGAGGAUGGGAUCUGGCAUGGAACGGAUGGGCUCUGGCAUAGGCUUUGGCAUCGAGAGGAUGGGGGCUGGCAUCGACCGCGUUGGCACCACUAUGGACAGAAUGGGAUCAGGCGUAGAACGGAUGGGCUCUGGCAUGGAUAGAAUGGGUAUAGGCAUCGAGCGUAUGGUCCCUGCUGGAAUGGGAACUGGAAUGGGUCAGGUGAUAGAGAGGAUGCCAGCCGGUUUGGAUCGCAUAGGUGCUGCUCCUAUGGAAAGAAUAGGAAUAGAUCGUAUGGGAGCUGCUGGCAUGGAGAGGAUGGGCUUGGAGCGCAUUGGAGCCACUAAUAUGGAGAGGAUGGGCCCUGCGAUGGGGCAGGGCAUGGGAGCAGGCAUAGAGCGAAUGGGACUGCCCAUGGGAAGCAAUUUUGAGAGAACAAUGGACAUGGAACGUGGAAACUUUGCAGGCAACUUUGCAGGCUCCCUUGGAGGAACUGGAGGACCUGCACCUGGGGUGGCCAGGAAAGCGUGUCAGAUAUUUGUGAGAAACCUGCCUUUUGAUUUUACAUGGAAAAUGCUGAAAGAUAAAUUUAAUGAAUGUGGCCACGUGCUAUACGCUGACAUCAAGAUGGAGAAUGGGAAGUCCAAAGGCUGUGGGGUGGUGAGGUUUGAGUCCCCGGAGGUGGCCGAGCGUGCCUGCCGCAUGAUGAACGGGAUCCAGCUCCGGGGCAGGGAGAUUGACGUGCGAAUUGACAGGAAUGCUUAAGCAGGAAUUGCCUUUUUAACACUGCUUCCACACUUUUGGAAUUUGUACUUUUUUUUUUUUCCUUGUUAACCAUUUUAAUUUGACUGGAUGUAAAGGUGUUUAAAAAAGAAAAGAUUCAGUUGCUUUCUUGGAGUAAUUUUAAUUACUUUUUUAACGAAUGGAUUUCCAUUUUACUGGGUUUUUGCAUUGGAACUGCAACGUGCACAAUCUUUUUUUGUAGUUGUGGCAUCUCGUUGACAUUACAGAUGUAAACAGUAAUGACUUUGAUAAUAAAUGAAACUCAAGAUUUCAGACGCA